AACGGAGGUAAAUGAUGAAUGACUCAGAACUUCCGACUGGUCGAGCUGAAGGAGGAGGAUAAUGCUAUGGCAUCCCUGAACGUCACCACAACCUUGCUGUCCCUCCGGCCGGUGGAAUUCCCCUCCGGUAGUGCGAAUCCUCGACGCUUCAUCGGAAAUUUCCCUAAUCGGAAACCGACGCUCCCGCUCUCGGUUGCUUCAAAUUCUUCGGAGCCAUUGAUAUCGAGUCCGCCUGAGAAGCCUGAAAUCGAGCUUGAAUUUCUUGGGCCGAAGCCGGGAAGCGACGGAUCGCUUCCGGUGGACACGGCCAAGGCGAUAAGCGGCGAGAAGCUUCUAAGGAAUAUAAUGCUGGAUAACAAGAUCGAGUUGUACGCCCCCUAUGGGAAAUUGAUGAACUGUGGUGGUGGCGGAAGCUGCGGGACCUGUAUUGUCGAGAUAAUUGAUGGGAAAGAUCUAUUGAAUGAGAGAACAAAUACUGAACUUCGUUAUUUGAAGAAGAAACCCGAAAGUUGGAGGCUUGCUUGUCAGACAAUUGUUGGCAAUAAAGAGAACUCUGGCAAGGUUGUGGUCCAAAGGUUGCCACAAUGGAAGAAGUGAUUUAGAGUUGCAUCUAAUGCUGUGGUUUGUGGCAAAGUCGAGAGCUAUGCAUUAUUAGGCGCCCAUGUUCUAAGUUGACAAUGCUGCAGAGUGCUAAAAGCUUUAGGGCGGGAAAAGGAGAAAAAAAAUGAUAGCAAUGGAGCGGAGCUUGUUGUCUUCUAGGCUCCUCCGAAUCAGGUAAUAAUAUCAGUGUUUGAAAAUCUCUCUUACUUUUCAAAUGGAUUGCAAUUUUGGAUGCCCUCCACCACACCUCUUCCCUUUGGGACCAUCCCUAUCUAUAAAUGCAAUAUUUUUUUUUACA